AGGGGCGCCACUCUAACCCUACAGACCCUGCGCCGAUCUGAUCCGUCUCCUCGCCAUUGGCCGCGAGACGUUCCGCAUCCGAAGCGUUCUGCAUCCGUCGUUUCGGAAAGUUCUGUCGAAGGGAAGCCGAGAAGGGCUACCCUACUGGCGUUGUUGGGGCGCAGUCUGGUAGCUCCUGUUUCGCGCCGCUUGUCAGGUGAGCUUUUGCCAACUAUGAAAGAGAAGAAUGAUUUCCCUAAGCCUUUUCUGCUUGAUGAAGAAGCUAAUGAGUUCAAACUGGUUAGUAGAUCUUCCUACCUGAAGAAAAUCCGGGGGUUCCUCUUACAAGAAUCCACAAUGUUGUGGCACAACAUAAAGAGUGGCAUCAAAAAUACUGUGUCCUGCAUCUUCCGCAAGUACCCAGUGAAUCUGCCUUUCAUCAAAAUUCUCAAAAUUUUCGUCCUGGUUUUUUUGUUAUUUUCAUUAGUUUCAAUUUUAUUAUUAUUGAAGGAAAAAAGAAUAGGUAUAAGAUAUCCAUUUGGGAACAAUGUGGCCACCAGCGUUGUCCUUGUUAAAGGAGAUAACACAGAAACCAUCCCUAAAGAUCUCACUGCGACAGUCCUGCUGGAAGCCAAGGAAUCCGAACCGUUUUGUGAGGCCAUGAAAAAGUGCUUCGACACUGCUGUCAAUAAAUUUGAAUCAGAGCCACGGAUUGUGAAGGAGAAUGCCAAGAUGAUCCUCAGGUGUAACGGGACGAGGAAGGAGUUUGUGUCAGGAAAAGGAGAAAACUAUAUUGAGGUGUUCUGGGUGGAUGGCCAAACAUAUUACACGGUCAAAGAAACCAAUUCACAAGUCUAUGUGGCAAGGCUGGGGCGCCAACCCCUCAACCUUGGCAGCCUCUUGAAUGUCUCCCUACGACUGGUCUCCCUUGAAGGGUCAGAGGAGCUACGGCAGUGCCUAAAUAAGACGAUAGAGAAAUUUCCCAAGGAACCACAUGCUGUGCAGGACAAUGCCGUGUUGCAGGUCUCAUGCGGAGAAAGUAAUGUGACCUUCCAUUCGGGAGCUGGGGAGAAUGAAAUCAACGUGUACAAAGAUAUGCAGGGGGAGAUUGUGUUUAAUGUAAAAGCAAAAGGAUGGGCUUGGUGGGCCAGAUUAUUCAGAAGGCACUAAGGUAAGGAAUGAUAUCAAAGAAGACGGUGUGGGUGGAAGCUUUGCGGUUCUGCUGUAGAGGCAAAUGAUUUAAAAGUAGUUCUUGACUUAUGAUCAAUAUUGAGCCCCAAAUUGCUGUCACUACGCAAGACAGUUGUAAAAUGAGUUUUGCCCCAUUUUACGAUCUUUCUUGACACAGUUAAGUGAAUCACUGCAGUUGUUACCAGUGUUUCCCCAACAAUAAGACCUUGUUUUAUUUUCUUUCGACCUCUGAAAUAAGCGCUAGGCCUUAUUUUCGGGGAUGUCUUAAUUUCCCUCUACCCUUUGUUGUGCUGUUGCGUGUGUGAGCGGCAGUACUGGUGCCG